AUGACGUGCCAGGCGCGCAGCUCGUACCUGGCAGAUGAGGUGCUGUGGGGUCACCGCUUCACACCGCUGCUCAGCCUCGAGGAGGGGUUCUACGAGGUGGACUACGGGGGCUUCCACCACACGGUGCCCGUGCCCACCCCAGCCUGCAGCGCCCGCCAGCUCGCCGCUGCCGCCGCCCGCCGCGACGCCCACCUCUACUGGUCCAUCCCCAGCCGCCUGGACGAGGCGGCGGCGGCGGGGGGCGAGGGGGACCCCGAAAUCCCCCGCGAGAGCAACGGCACCUUGGCUGGCCCCGAGGAGCGCCCCCACACCCCUGGGGGGUCGCGGGUGACCCCGUGCCCCCCUCCCCGUGCCCCCCAGGGGCUGACCAACGCCCGGGCCGCCGAGAUCCUGGUACAGGAUGGCCCCAACGCCCUGACCCCCCCGCCCACGACCCCCGAGUGGGUGAAGUUCUGCCGGCAGCUCUUCGGGGGCUUCUCCAUCCUGCUCUGGAUCGGGGCCAUCCUCUGCUUCCUGGCCUACGGCAUCCAGGCCGCCAUGGAGGAUGAGCCAUCCAACGACAACCUGUACCUGGGAGUGGUCCUGGCCGCUGUCGUCAUCGUCACCGGCUGCUUCUCCUACUACCAAGAGGCCAAGAGCUCCAAGAUCAUGGACUCCUUCAAGAACAUGGUGCCCCAGCAAGCGCUGGUGAUCCGGGAGGGCGAGAAGAUCCAGAUCAACGCAGAGAACGUGGUGGUGGGAGACCUGGUGGAGGUCAAAGGGGGGGACAGGGUGCCCGCUGACAUGAGGAUCAUCUCCUCCCACGGCUGCAAGGUGGACAACUCGUCCCUGACGGGCGAGUCGGAGCCGCAGACGCGCUCCCCGGAGUUCACCCACGAGAACCCCCUGGAGACCCGGAACAUCUGCUUCUUCUCCACCAACUGUGUGGAAGGUGGGCACUGCCACCCCUGGGGACACGGGGACAUC